AUGCACUGCUUCUCUAAAGAGCGAGAGAGUUAUUCCCACGUCGGAAAGCUCAUCGCCAAUACGACUUAUCACGGCCUUGGUCCCGUCAUUGGGAUCCAAUGGCUCUUUGGCGUAGACCGAGACGUUGGGAAGCUGUCAAGACACUUCUCAUCGUCGCCAUCAUCCUCUCCGAAGAGCAGCCUACAGUCGACGCGCAAUACCCGGACGUUCUUCAUCCGGUUAAGCGUUGCUGUUCUUGAGGUCAAGGACUCAAGAUCUUUCCCCCUAAUCGUAAUCCUCGAGGAGUUCAACGCCGAUCAAGAUGAGGCGACGGAUGUCUUCGGGGUAGCGGGACCAGAUCGUACUGUGAAGGCCUCGAUGGUUGGAAGGCUCAACAAGGACACAUUGAAGGACAUCGAGAAGCGUGCGCGGUACGCUAACUCGGCCAUUGACCGCAUUGUGCCCCACCAGGACGAGGGUGCCGGCCUGAACGUGAAGCUUGAGAAGUUCUUCGAAAGUCUGUGA